UAUGUUCAAACUUCAAACAAUCCAGACAAAGUAAAAUUAAAAAGUAAAAAUAAAAUAAAAAAAUGAGCGGAGCUCAAGCAUUAAAGAGGAUCCCUCUCAUCAAAUUUCCUCAAAGACACCUCAAAUCAUCUCCUGGUUCUGCAUCCAAGUCUCAAGAGACUUCUUCUGCAACUGGUGGAAAUGUUGACCUGCAGUUCCUUUUAAGCUCAAAAGCUUCAACGACUGCAACGACUGUUGGAGGGAAAGCUUCUCUUCAACCUAAACGGACACCCGUAUCCAAUGAGGAAAUCGAGUCAAUCCUGUUGGGUGGCUGCAUCUGAUGUUCUCAUGGAGCUUGAUUGAGGCAGUUGCGACAUUUUUUUUAAUUAAUGACUUUUUGAAACUUUUGAAAUUUGCUGAUACUUUUUGCUUGUGAGAAGCCUAUGAAGGCAUUAAUCAUUGAUUAAAUUCCCAAUGUUAGACAACUAAAGAUGAUUCAGUGUUGACUUUCUUGA